AUGCGCCUUCAGACUGACACUCUAACGAGCGCGAUUAGAGGAGGAUAUCCGUUGGUUCUAGCCAAUCAGAGGAGGAUCAGGUUGCGCGCGAUCGACGAGCGCGAUCGGGCAAGAAAUGGCGGAGGGGGUGGUGGAGGGCAGCGGGGGAGACCGCCGGUUGUGUGGGAAAGGGGGGAGGGAGCUUGUGCGGAGGGGCGGAAUGCGGUAGAGGAGGAGCGGAAUGCGGUGGGGGAUGGGCGGAAUGCGGAGGAGGAACGAAGGGGCGGAGCAAAUGCAGUGAGGGGCGGAGUUUGGCGCAGAGGCGCGGAUGAGAAGCGGGAGGCGACAGGGGGAAGGGGGGCGGCAGGGGAAAGGGAGACUUCAGGGGGAGGCGGGGCGGCAGAGAGAAGAGGAGUUGAAGCGAGGCAGAGGGGGGCGAGCGGAAGAAGCAUAGAGGCAUGGGCGAGUGCAGGGGAGGGGAGAGGAGGGGGAGGGGCGCAAGGAGAGAUCAGCGGCAGAGCGGACGCGUGGGUGGGGGGACCAUUGUGGGAGAAGAGAGGGGAUGGGGAGUUGAGAACUAGGGGGGCAGCCGAGGGGAGAGGAGGAGGAGUAGGAGCGCAAAGGGCGAGCAGCAGCAGAAGCAGGGUAGAUUCUUGGGUGGCUCCCUCAUGGGAGAAGAGAGGGAAGCGGGCUUGGUGGAUGGAGGGGGGGGAUGGGGGGAGUGAAACAGAUGGGAGGUCUGCAGGGGAUGGGGGUGUGGUAAGGUUUGAGGAGGAAGGUGAGAGAAGAAAGAGGGGGCUAUAUAGGGGUGGAGAAGGAAUGGCAGGAGAAGGAGCAGGAGUCGCUUUUGAGAAUUCUCAAGAGCGAAAGCGAAGAGAAGAGGAUUAUCCGUGGCAGGACGCUGUAUCAUCAACCGCAGCAGCAGGUGGUGGGUCUUCCAGUGGUGCAACGACAGCAGUGGUGAGUGGAGUGUUGAAUGAGCAGUCACUGUCACCAUCCACGGCAUCAGUCGGCGGCCCCGUGGCGCUCGCGCUGCAGGAGAGGCGCAAGGUGGUGCGGGCGGCGCUGAUGUCAGCAUUCGAGGAGGUGAAACUGGGGAAGGUGUAUUCCAGAGAGCUCAUCAGGCACCUCCCUGCGUAUAUUGACCAGCUCGUGCUCCAGGCAGUUGCCCUCAAGUCGGAAUCGCACUACGCCUUCCACUCCUUCCCCCACCGCGCAGCCAUCGCAGUGCACCGCUCUGCACCGCACCUGCUCGCCCGGUGGCUGAAACAAACAGCCAAGCAGACCUUCGCCCGCACUGCCGCCCUCAUCACGCUCGCUGCUGCCAUGGACGCUGAUUCAGAGACUGUUGAUGCUUCUGGUGCUGCUGCUGCUGCUGCUGCUGGUGCUGCUGGGGAUGGUGCUGCUGCUGAUUCUGAUGCUGCCUUGAGGGAUGGUGGUGCUCCUGCCAUCUUUGUAGGGAUGGGGGAAAGUCCUGUUCUUGUAGAGAAGGGUGCCUCUUUUGCUACCAGAGAAGGUUCUGGGGCCAGAGGAGACGGGGGGGAGCAGAAGGAGGAGCUGCAGCGGCGGAGUGGCGUGGUGUGGGUGCGGGACUAUAUCGAGUGGUUGCACCGAGCAGGGGUGAAGCAUGACGUGGUGGGGCGCAUUGUUGUCCGCAACCCUGCUAUACUUGCUACGCCCAUACCCCACCUUCAGGCUCGAGUAGACUACCUGGUCAAUCAAGUGGGCUCCUUCCAGCACCACCCGUUGCCUAAGAGUGUGUUUGAGCUGGCCGGCACACUGGUGUACAACCAUCCUCACGUGAUGAGCGAGGAGGACUUGCCCAUGGAGGCUCUACAAGCCAAGGUGAGACACAUGCCAAACUGCUCUUAG